AACCGGAAGUUUCCCGAGAGUGGCGGUUCUCCCCUUGUUAGACAUUCUCUGUUAUAACCGUAGUCGUCGGGAAUAUAAGCGAUGCAGUGCCGUUAGAGCAGCUCUUUGAACAGUCGACCCAAAUAACUAGCUAACCAGCCACUAAACAAUCGGUCGAAUUCGGUCUUUGGUCAAGGCUAUCGCCACCAAUAAACCGGUUCCUCUCGUAACUUUGUCAUCAUGCGGUCUAGCCUAUCAGAUGAUUCUUAGUGUUAUCACAUCCCUUUCAGUGCGACUUUCUGCUCGCUCACUGUCACUCCCGGUUCUUCGCUCCACUCUCGUAACCCAUCCACACCCAACGACACACUUCAACAGGCAGCACGUCACGAUGCAGUCGAGCCGACACACUACUGUCAGCGGCGGUGCUUCUCUCAAACCCGGAGCCACCAGGGGAAUAUCUUCAACACUCACGACUGACAACACUAGUCCUGCGCUUGGGGCCAGGCUGGCGAUUAACGACAUACAACGGAGGACACCGAGUCCCCGUGGUGCGAAUGGGGAUGACGACUCCGAAGCGGAGUCCUACCGGGACGGGAGAAGAGACGAGGUCGACCGGGAUACUCGCGGAAGAGCCUUCGCUUGGUGUCGAGACUUUCUGUCCGGGUCGUGGAAGACCAUCUCUGAACAGGACUUUCAAAUUAGUAUAGUCAGUGGAGGACUCAGUAAUCUCCUCUACAAGUGCAGUUUGCCAGAACAUGUCCGUCCAGUUGCCGAUGAACCAGCCCGUGUGCUUUUACGGAUAUAUGGAGCCAUCCUACAGGGGGUGGACUCUCUGGUCUUAGAGAGUGUGAUGUUUGCCAUCCUGGCAGAGCGAACUUUGGGUCCUCGACUGUUUGGGAUCUUUCCUGAGGGAAGACUAGAGCAGUACAUACCUAGCAAACGCCUGCGCACAGACCAGUUGGCCAUUCCAGAACUCUCUUCGGAGAUCGCCAUGAAGAUGGCACGUUUCCACGGCAUGAAAAUGCCCUUCAACAAGGAGCCUAAAUGGCUCUUCGGGACCAUUGACCGGUACAUGGAGCAGAUAAAGACUCUGAAGUUUGUCCGGGACGCCCACAUAAAGAAGUUCAACAAGCUGAUGAAGUAUGACCUGCCCAAUGAACUGGACAACCUGAGAUCACUGCUGGCAGCGACUCAUUCUCCUGUGGUCUUCUGUCACAAUGAUGUACAGGAAGUUCUGGCCCCAUGUGUUUCAGGGAACAUACUAAUGCUGGAUGGGAGGCAGGCGGACGCUCCAGAGAAGCUGAUGCUCAUUGACUUUGAGUACAGCAGCUACAACUACAGGGGCUUUGACUUCGGGAACCACUUCUGUGAGUGGAUGUAUGACUACACGUAUGACCAGUGGCCCUUCUACAAGGCCAACCUGGACCACUACCCCACCAGAGAACAGCAGCUGCAUUUCAUCCGUCACUACCUGAAAGAGAGCGGAGGAUACGCUGGCAGAGAGAACCACCUGCAGGCGGAGGAGGAGCUUAUGCUCGAGGCCAAUCGGUAUGCUCUGGCGUCACACUUCUUCUGGGGACUUUGGUCCAUCAUCCAGGCCCGGAUUUCCACCAUAGAGUUUGGCUACAUGGACUAUGCCCUAUGCAGGUUUGAUGCUUACUUCAAGCAGAAGAAGCUAUUCGCCUGAAGCCCGCCUGAAUGUCUCAUCUGGAGUAGUCCCCCCCCCCUACACACACACUCACACACUUACACACUUACACACACUCAUCUUCUCUCCCUCUAGAAUGGUUUUAUUUCCUCUAACUGUGCGAGGAAUCCUUCUUGUCAUACACCAGUAGUUGCAACAGAACUAUAAAGCAUGACGGCGGUUUCAAAUGAAGAACCUGGGCUUGCAUUGUGCUUCUUACCAGGAACGACUGACCUGUCCAAAGUCUAUUCCUUUCUGUCAUGCUGCUUUAAUAUCGUUCUUGGCAUGUAGACGACAUGACGAGACCUGCACGGUAGCACACCAGAGUCGAAAGGCUUUAACCUCUUCUAAUGCACAACAGGGAACUCCUGACGCUAAACAGACAAGCUGUUGCUAGGACCAUUAGCCAUGUUUAGCACACGCUUUACUUAUACACUAUACCAUUUCUCUGUACUAGCUCACAUCUGUGCAUCGUGAUGUUAGAUUAGUUUGUUGUGGACCCAACAUAUCAGAAGCCUUUGUGUCCACUUCUGUUUACUGCUGUUUAAAACGACAGACUCACUUACGCCUGUGUUUACUGUGGUCACUUUUAAGAGGGCUCUCGUUUAGAAUGGCCAGCAGAACUGUGGCUGUAGCCCCCUCUUGUGUAUCUUGCCGGUAGUGCGCAAGGCCUUGCUGGAGUGCAGCAUUGGUGCCUCCUCAGUCAAUUGAAUUCAUGAUGCUUCAUAGAAUCCCAAAUUAGCGCUUAUCCUCUGUCUGACAGACACACCUGACUACAGCCCUUACACUUAUUAAUGUGUAGUGAUUUCAUCAUUUGAUACUUUUAGACAUUUCAUUUUCUUUUAUUUUUUACCUGUGCAGGAGCUGUCCAAAUGCUUUUUGCAAUUUAUUUAAUUUUAUUAAUUAUUUUUUAUUUUCAUAUUUCAUUUAUUUUUAUGACAGUGUCAUAUUUCAUUAGUUCCAUUAUAUGGGUCCAUACUGUUUUGGCAUACACCAACCUAUAGAAAGAAUUUGUUGUGUUGUGUCAUGUUGGUGAUCUUUAGAUUAAAGAUUUCUAUUAGUAAUAUCAGAUACACGCCAUUUUAAAAUAACACAUUAACUGUUAAAUAUGUUCUUUCAAUGUUAAACUUAAUAGUUUGUUAAUGUUAUUUUAUUCAUUCUGUAUUGUUAGCCGAGGCUCCUUAAUGUAAAGCAUGACUGAACUGCUCUAUAUGGUUAUUCAUGCGGUUUCUUAACUGUGGAUUUGGGCGUGCAGCUCAAAGGUGGACACCUCUGUCAUGUGUUUCAUCAUGUGUCAUCAUCUCUCUCUCUCUCUCUCUCCUCUCCAUACCUCCAUACUCCACCAUCCCUCCUUCUCUCUCUCUCUCUGUCUCUCUCUCACGCUCUCUCUGUCUUUAUAUUUCCCUCUGUCUUUAUCUUUGCCUUCCUGUCCUUUUAGAUCUCUUGUAUCUCUGCAGAAGGAAAGCGUUAGCACUGCAUUGUUGCCUUACCAUGUGUGUAGCCCAGCUGGUUAGCAGGGGUCUAGUUAGCAUAGGUCUGGUUAGUAUUGGUCUGGGUCUGGUUAGCGGGGGUCUGGUUAGCAUGGGUCUGGUUAGCAUGGGCCUGGUUAGCUUGGGUCUGGUUAGCAGGGGUCUGGUUGUGUGAUGGAGCUGAGCAGCGUGGAGAGGGAGCUAAUGGAUGCUCCAGUGUAGGAGGUGAAUGUUCUCAGUGCACCACAGUCAGUAAUGUUGUGUUGGAGCGGUGCAGCUGAUAUGGGAGAGGCAGGAGGGUUGAGUGGUAGCUGAUAGAAGUUAGGUGCGUUUUGUGUAGCAUACUAAAAAGGUUGUCCGAUGAAGCAUGACCAGUAGACUUCAUGUGUGAUUGGUUGCUAAUCACUUGAUUUAUUGACACUCAUCUUGAUUUUGAUUGAACUAUUUAUUUACUCAUAACUCUACUCAGUCUUUGUUCAUGGUUUGUUUAUUUGUUUUUAUUUGUUUGUGUCUUGCCAGUUGAGUUUGGUUUCCCUCCAAAGAUACAUAUUUUUACUUACCUGAAAGACACAGCCAAAAGAAUGUAGACUUCCUCCAGUUAUUGGAAUGAGCUGUAAAAAAAGACUGUGGUUAUGGAAACAGUACGGUGUGGUUUAUGGCAUUUAAAUAGCAUACAUACAAACAAAGAAUGCAUUUGAUAGGAGAGGAACGAUUCUGCCUAAUCAACGGGUGUGUUUAAUUCUUUAAAACAAUAAUGAAGAAUAGAAGAAGUACCCAAAAUGUAACUUCAGUGUGUGUGUGUGUGUGUGUGUGAGGGGCCGGAUUGAUCUGGUAAAUGGCCUCCUAUACCUACACUGCUAGUCAUGAUGGCCAUGAUGUGUUAGUGCUCUGCUUCAGACAUUAGGAGAUGAGUGUUUACCUGAGGAGGCCACCCGUAGUGGUAUGUUUUCAUCCCAACACACACACUCUCACACACACACCUGAGAUUGACAGUGGCAUUAGCACAAGUGUGUGUGGGAUAUGAUGGCUUCGUUCCCUUGGUGUUUGUUUAAUCUCAGAAUUUAGCAUAUUGAUGACAAUCUGUCGUCAGCUAAAUGGCUUUACUAACUUCAUCUCAUCUAAAGCAAGUUUACCACUACAUGUGUUUUUACAGUUCCUACCAAAAACCAUGGCUUGGUUGACAUUAACAACCAGCACUGUUGCUGUAGUUCAUGUGUUUGUUCACAACUUUGCUGUUCAUUUUGUAUUUAUUAUUUUCUUACUGCUAAUAAACAAAAAUAAAUAAUAA